AUCGACGUAGCAGCACCAGCGUUCUAGCAUCAACCUUAGCGCAACCAAGCGGCAGAUGAUUUAACUAAAACGAUUAACAAUUACACAAUGGAUUAUGAAAAAAAAAUUUAGAUUCAAAAUAUUAUUAUACGAGUAUGUUGGAAUCGAAAAGAGAAUCGAUCAAGAUUUUUAUUCACGAAAGAAAAUAUUGGUUGAAAAACUUAAAUUACUCUGUCGUUUGAUCGAGAACAAUACGAAGCAGCAGCUAAAAAGAACAAUAUGGGAUGAAAAUAAUAAAUUGUGCGAUUUUGUAAGAGAUGUUGAGAAAGCUAAACAAGAAAUAACACAACGAGAGAGUCUUCUUCAUAAAGAGAAUUUAAAUUUUAAGCAAUUUCAACGAAAUGUUGAAUUAGAAUUGGAAGCGAUAAAACUUGCGAAAAAGAAUAUCGAAGAGAAUUUGAAGGAGACCCUUAAAAAACGAACAGAAGAAUUCUCAUCCAAGAUUUUAGAUGCAAACUCAAAGAAUAAAAUAAAGAUAAAAUCAAUGGAAAUGGAGAUCGAAAAGUUCGAUCUUCGUUUAAAAUCUAAUCACGAGAUAAACCAGUUGGAAAUUAACGAUUUAUACAACAAACGGUACAAAAUGAAAAAACGAUAUCUAGAUGAAUUGAUAAAAUACGACAAACAUAUAGAAUCACUUUAUACGUAUAAAAGUACUCUUUUAAGUGAAAAAGAUCGUAUCAACAAGGAAUACGCGAUUAUUCAGGAUCAGCUCAUCGCACAACGCAGUUUAUAUAAACAAUUAAAGGAGGAACAGGAAUUAAACGAGGAAAAGGCUUUUCUAGAGAGGAUAGAAAAUUUUCGCCGAAAUCACGCGGCGAAAAUUAUUCAACAAAAUUGGAAAUUAUAUCACAUGCGUGUGUCUGUGAGAAAAAAGAAAGGUAGAAAAUAA